CAUAAAUAAAAAUGGAGAUUAUUGAUAAAGUACCCAUCGAAUUCGAGCACUUCUCACAAGCAAUGUCUUGAAUAAAGGACCAGUUUGGCUACCUUGAGUACUUUUACAUGGGAUAUCUCUUCGGCAAGAACGGCCCUGGCCUUUCCAGUGGCUGUACAGAUUCAUUGGAGAAUGCGAUCGCGGUGGUCGCAGAUUGCUCUUAUGCAGCUCAAGAACAGGAGAUGAAUGAGGUGAAGACAUCCUUGAUGUAUUAUAAGAAGUUUGUGAUGAGUGGGCAGGAGAGGGAGGAAGGUGAAAUAUCAAGUAAAGAAGAAUCAAAGUCACAGAUCAAAAAUGAAACUGGGGCUUUGGAAGAUAUGUAUCCCAAAGAUCAGUAUCCGGAACUUUACGAAGAGCACAAACAUGAUCCUCAAAAUGAAUCUCAGGAAGAAACCACACAUGAUGUGAUUGGAGAGUGCAAAAUCUGUCUUCUAGACAUAGAGUACCAAGAAGCUUACUCUCUGGAUCAAUGUGGGCAUUUGUUCCAUAAAGAUUGUACUUAUAUGCAUCUGACUACAUCCAUUGAUCAGAACAAGAUCCCUAUCAAGUGCCCGAUCGAAGAUUGAGAGUUUGAAGUAGGAAUGGCUACUUUCAGAGACCUUCUAGAUGACAACUACAUUGAAAGAUACAACUUAUUUUCACUGAAACUUGGUGUCCAGAAGGAAGCCAACUUUAUAAACUGCCCUAGCAAAGACUGUGAGUAUGUCUUCUGUCUUGAAGAAAGAGACAAGAAGGGCUACUUCCAGUGCCCAAUGUGUAACAAAGAGUACUGCAUUGAGUGAGAGACUAAGUGGCAUCCAGACAUGACAUGUGAAGAGAAUAAAGAGAUUAAUGGAAAUGAAAAACUUGAUAUUAAUGAUAAGAAGGCCAUCGACUUUGCUUUGAAAGAGAAAAUGAAGAGAUGCCCAAAUUGAAGAAUCUGGGUGUACAAGAUAGAGGGAUGCAAUGCAAUGACUUGUAGAUGUGGAGCUUCAUUCUGAUAUCAUUGUGGUACUCAAUAUGAUGAUGCUCAUAAAUGUCAAUGUGAAGGAGGAUAUGCCAGAGCUGGUGGAGUUAGGAGAGAUCUACCAAGGUUUGAAGAUCCAGGCAUGAUGGAUAAUGGGUAUGCUCAUGCAAGAUAUAAUUUUCCCGGAAGAAGAGACGCUCCAAGACAUAUGAUAAACCGUCCAUAUCACAGAGUACAUCACAGACAAAUGCCUUAUGCUAUCCCAAGAGCUGAUGGGGCAAGAAAUGCUAGAGAUUAUGCUCCAAGACCUUAUGCAAAUAGAGCUAUCGAUAGAGGAGCAAGAGUAGGAGGAGGAAUAGCUAGACCAAGAGCUAGAAUCGAAGGAGUGUAUACUAAUAUCCCUCAAAGACAGGCAAACCAUGUUACUAGACCCAAAAAUGUGAAAACAGCACUUCAGCCAGGCUCUAAUCAAUAAUAAGUCAUAAAAUUACACAUUCAAA